CAACGGGAAGUUGAGCUUCCUCUUAGGUCGAACACCCUAGCGAGGUUGCAAGCUAUUGCUGAUAUCGGAAUUUGCGAAUUCCGAUGAGCAAUAGCUAAGUCAGCCUUCCGGUGGUUCGAACUACGGGGUCGCCGUAGAGAAACGUAGAAUUCAUUCAUUCGUUGAUAGUCAGUGGAAAGUGACAAAGGGUGACAUAUGGUCGGUGCCAUGAAGAGCUUUAUAGCGACUAGAAUAUUUUUUAUUCUUCCCAUGACCAUGUCUCUAGCAGAGGAAGUCGAAAUCAGUACAGGGGUGUACUGGAAAAAGUUACCAGGGACAAUUAAUUAUGAAGCCACCAUUCCCCUCACCUAUUCGACGAGCUGGAGGUCAAACAUGAAGACAGAAAGUGAAAUUAACCCGAUCAACUAUUGUAGCAGAGGAGAAGGAAAAGUCGGAUGUAAAAUAAUCGAUGAGAUGGGGAGACUUUCGACCAUCUAUGAGAGGGAACGUUCAAUGUUGGGACAAAUGGUGGACAGUCAGGUUAAAGCGGGCCACCAAACAAACAGAAGAUUUCAAAGGGCGCUGGACUUCAUAGCAAGUUCAUUCGAAUGGUGUUGCGGGUUUGCGACACAACAAAAAUUUAAUAAGUUGGCAAUGACAGAAGGCGAAUUAGCACAACACGUGGAAGAAAUCCAACGAGGAUUAAGCGAAACCUUGAAAAACAUAGGUAAGGAGUCACACGAAUUUGCAGCGUACCAAAAAGAAGCAGCGACCGCUUUUGAAAAGGUGGAGAAAAGGAUGCACAUAAUCGAAAAACUGGCAAUGGACAUGACAAACAACAACAAUAUUCACAUGGAGGAGGAUGAAAAAUUAAUCACAGCGGCGGUCUACAACACCUAUCUAAAUUUAAAAAGGACCUUGAACAACUUAAGGACGAUGGAAGAAAACGAAAUUGCGACCGCCUGUAAACAACACUUGAUACCUCAGACCAUCUUACCACCAGCAAUUUUGAGAAAAGACCUACAGAAAUUAGCCCUACACAUCCAGCAACACGAUCAGGAACUGGCCAUUCCUAUGAGUAACAUCUGGAUGUUAUACACGCUACCGAUAAGUGAUUGCACGCUGACUGGAGGAAACAUAACCAUACAGGCACGAAUCCCAAUUAGAAGAAAAGGUUACACCUGGACUCUGUAUGAGUUAAUCAGUGUACCUUUCGCCUGGUACAACCACACUUGCAGGAUUCAACAUGAGAGCACAUAUGUCGCAAUUUCGAACGGGAAGAAAACAGAGACGAGAACAAUCUCCGGUGUGAGCCUGCACCACUGUCGACCUUUUGAAAAUAAAUUGUGUUUCCUACCGAGGUUUUUGGCCGAUUCGAUUCAUGGGCCGACGUGCGUAAGAAAAUUAAUCUCAGGGGGGUCAAUCGAAGAAUUAGGAAGCCAUUGUCCUAUGACAUGCUACAGAUCACAAGCACUGACUAUCACAGAGAUCGAAGACGAAAUAUUUAUCAUGACUCAUAUUGACGAAAAAGCCAGUAUUCGCUGUGACGCACAUGAAACCACAAUCGGACCUACAAGCGACAAAAUUCAACCGGGAGCAAGAAAAAUUCACGUGCCCUGUCAUUGUACACUUAUUUCAAGGGAAGAAGUCUUAAUUGAAAAAAGAUACCCAUGCAUAGAGCAGGAAGUGAAGGAAGUAUCCGUAGUCCACGUGAUACCGGCAAUAUGGUCCUCGCUUGGUUCACUAGUAUUAGGUGAAUUUAGACAGAAGGACCAAUUAAGAUUUACGAACGUAAGCCAAUGUCUCAACUUGAACUGGACUCUCACCGUUCCCCAUCUCAAUCUGACAUCAACAGCAAAUCGAGUGGAAGAGAUAAGAGAACAGCUGAAUAAUCAUAACAUCGACCAUGAGUUCAGCGCCACAUACGCUUUGCACGGUGAUACGAUUUUACUGAUUUGGAACACGGUCCUGUCAGUGUUCGUGGCAUACUUGGUGUUAAAAAGGAAUCCAGGAGGGAUAAUAAUCGCUCCUACUCCAGGAGUGCACGCUUGGGGUGAGGAGAGCCAAUUGGGACACCAAGUGGUUCUCGUGCUCAUGCACAUAGCAUUAUUAACCUUUCUUAUUUAUGUAUUAGCAAAAAUUAUUAAGUUGUGCUGCAGGAAAAGAAAUUCAAAAGAAGCAAACUCUCGGCAAGGGUCAAAAAUUCGAGAAGAAGAAGGCAGCGCGAGUUCGGAGGAAAAUGAAGUACUUUCUCCAAGGCCAAGAGUGAACCACAGGGAAAAGAGUCGGUCGGAGGGACGACUCGAACUGGAUGAAGCAAGCCUGCUGUCUUUGGCAAGAGGUCAAAAGACCAGAGUGACUUUGGAGCCACUCCCAACUAGGAGUGAAGUAAUGAUUCACAACGUAAGUGAAAUCUAAAGAGAAAAAAAAAAACAAACACAAAAUUAAGGGAGUCAUGGGACAUAGAGAAAGACAAACAAAAGGGGGAAUAGAUUUUAUAAGGGUACCUAGCUAGUAUUAUGGGGUUACAAAAAAAAAGGGAAGAAAUUUUUGGAAAAAAAAAGCGAGAAAUAGUUCAUGGUCGGACUGUUGAUAAUAAUAUCUGGGUCACAGUCACGGCUAAGGAUGAAAGAAGAUACCUGACAAGGUCGAACUAACUCGACUUAGUUCGGACUUGUCAGCAAAAUAGUAAUAAUAUGUAGUAUCUAGGUCAAGAAUCAUGUAAUGUAGUAGAGUCAGUGACUCUGAUAGAUGUAAAUAGGUUAAGGAUUGUUUGUAAUUGUUGUUUUUUUUUUCUUCUGCCCAACGCCCACGAGAAGAACCUCACAAACCAAAGACAGAGCGGUCGGACAGGGAGAGCUGAAGGAGAGGCAGGUAGCCGUAGAACCGGGGGGAUAGGAGAAAACGUCAGUCAAAAACUCAAAAUAACAUGAAGUGGAGGACUUCCUAAACCAAGCUACAAGCUGGAAGUCCCGACUCUGUGACGUAUUGCCGUCGUACCCAUUGG